AUCUGGCGCGAGCGUCUCCACUGGAGCUUGCCGAAAACCACCGAUCGCUCAAUCACCACGCCGUCGCUUUCCCUUCUCUCUUUCCUCUGGGAAGCCUCCGCCGAGCGUUGGCUCGAAAAUCGAACGCGCCCAGAGACACCACACCACCCACACUAGCCCCGUCGCCCACCACACAUCGACCCUCCCCCUCUCCCUCCCCUCGCUCCGCUCCCCUCCCCACCCAGCUCGCUCUCCCCUAGCCUGCUGCUGCCACUGCUUCGCUGGUGGCUCCGCCCGCUCGCUCGAGUGCAGAAUGAUACGCCCGCCUCAAGCGCUCCAACAUCUCUUCUAAUUCCCAACCCCCGCCACCCUUCGAGAGGACAGAUGACGCCAGCUGGAGGUUAAUCCCCCUGCGCGAACGACGUCGAAGCGACCCGAGUCGGACGCGGCCAGAGGCAGAACAAUGGCUGCACCAGACCGAGGCACCGAUGCCGCAGUCGGCGCCCGAGACGACGCUCCGCCGUCGCCUCCAAAAUUCCACCACCACCAACACUACUACAACCACCACCCCACCCGCAAUCACAGUAACAACAACCACCACCGCCAACACUCACACCACCACGACCAAGCCCACCAUGUCGCCGUCGCCGACCAUGGCCGCGAGUCGAGGUCGUCGCCACCCGCCGCCUACGAUUCGGACCACACGCCGCGAUCAGGACCACAACCUGCUGAGGACACGCAGCCAGCGUGGCAGUCCCUCCCGGCCACGCACCACACCUCAGACCUCCCUUAUCACUCACCGCGCCCGCUGAGAUACCACACCGCAUACCUUCCGACAUCGCACUCGGCCUCGGCUGACCCGUCUCCCUCGCAAACACACUCGUCUUCGUCUUCCCUCAACAACAUGGCGGGGCAUCGUGAGUCAAGCGACGCACCCGAUCCGCAGCGCGUACAGCAACGGACCCCCGAGCGGCCCGCUUUCCGUCGAGAUCAGCUCUCUAGCGCCUCAACAGCCAGCAACUGCACGGUCAGAGCGCCUCCUGUUUCGGACCUUGCCUUACCCACUGCGGCAAGGUCGAACCAGAGGCCGCAUGGAGACUCUUAUCCACGAUACCCAAACCAAUCCUACUCGGUGCUGCAAUCACAAGAGGAGUUUAUGCGCUACCCCAACCCGCCGCUACAGGCGCAUCAGAUCCAUCCGCCUGGCCCGCACCUCCUGAGGACGCGGAGCUCCCACCCCUCGCAAUACUCGUCCUUUUCCUCCGUGUCGACCGGCUUGCAUCCCGCACAAUACAUUCCCAUCGAGGGCAUCAAGACUCACGACCAUGGCAUCCGGACGGCGGGCAAUUCGCCCGCCACCAGCCCUGGCUUGUUUGACAUGGGACAACCCAUAAGACCCGUCCUUGGGCCGUCGGAGGAACAUGGCUACUACUCGAGUCCUUACCUGCACUUUACCCAGAGGCAGGUACCGAAAGAAACCCAUGUCGCGGAUGUCGAUGUCGAUCCGAUCUCGGGCCGCAAGAUCAUCAACCAAUAUGAGAUCAUCGACGAACUCGGUCGGGGGGUGCACGGAAAGGUGAAACUUGGCCGCAGCUUGGAGACUGGACAAUUCGUGGCUAUCAAGAUAGUGGAUCGAUACUCGAAGAGAAGGCGUCUGGGCAAGAACACCAGUCACGAGGACAAGAUCAGGAAGGAGAUUGCCAUUCUGAAGAAGGCUCGUCACCCGAACAUUGUUGGUUUGCUCGAGGUCAUCGACGAUCCGUCCCGGAAGAAGGUUUACAUUGUCUUGGAGCAUGUCGAGUUGGGCGAAGUUCGAUGGAGAACCGAAGGAUCGAGGGAGAUUAUCCAAAUCGAGCAUCGCCGAUACGAACGUGAAGCCAGGGGUAUUUUCGAUAAUGAGUCCGCCGCGCUUGAGGAUCAAAGGAUACUAUUGGAGGCGCAAAGGAAACGGGAAAGGCAGGAGAAGAGGAGGCUGAGGCGGCUUCACGCCAAGCGUGAACACGAAGCCGGCGCCGAAUCAUGGAGCUUUGAGCAUGGCGGAGAUACAGAGGAGGAAGACAGCGAGGGCGAGGAAAUCUCUCGGACCUCGACGGCAACGAAUGAAGAUCCAAUGGGUCUUGGCAAGAAGAGGAGCAGAGCGGCGUCGAGCAGAGCGGCAUCGCCAACGGACAUGGACGCAGAAACGACGCCACACGCCCCGUUGAACGAGCGGGUGGAGGAAUUGCGCGAAUCAAUGCCCUCGAGCAGCUCCUUGCCGUCCAUGGGUUGCGAGCAUACGCAAGAAGAGCCUCGGUCUCAGUCUGUCACGGGCCUGGAAGGAACCAUGUACGGCGCAUACGUAUCCAUGCCGUUCCGAGGCAGGAACCCGAGCAUCGCAGGAAGCUCGUCUUCGAACAAUCUCGACCAAUUGGAAGAUCUCGACGUGCCUGAACAUUUCCGCUACGUCCCGCUCAUGACUUUGAGCGCCACCCGGAACGCCUUUCGCGACACCGUCUUGGGGUUGGAGUAUCUUCACUACCAAGGAGUUGUCCACAGAGACAUUAAGCCGGCCAACCUGUUGCAGUCCAGAGACAACCGCAUCAAGAUUUCGGAUUUUGGCGUUUCUUAUCUGGGACGCCGCACGGCCGCAGCAAUCGGCGACGAUCAAUCCGAGUCCGACGCACAGGAUGUGGACGAAGCAAUCGAGCUAGCCAAGACGGUUGGUACGCCAGCGUUUUACGCUCCGGAACUUUGCCAAACCGAUGCGGACGCGGAUGCUCUCCCGGUCACCGGGCAGAUCGAUGUCUGGGCUUUGGGUGUGACGUUGUACUGCCUUGUAUUUGGCCGUGUUCCGUUUCACGAUUUGAACACCUUUGUUGUGAUGCGGCUUAUCGCAGAGGAUGAGGUGUACAUUCCGCGAUUCCGCCUUAGGGCUGUCGAUGACCGCUCUGGAUCCCGCCCGGGUUCGCACAGUCGCUUCUUUAACCCAAUGACCAGCAACAAGCGUGGUCCCCACGAUCUGGUUUAUGAGGAAAUCGACGAUGAUCUGUACGACCUGUUGAAGCGGCUUUUUAUCAAGGACCCUCGCAGGCGUAUCACACUGCGCGAAGUCAAACACCACCCUUGGGUCCUCCGCGAUAUCGCCGACCCGAUCGCUUGGCUCGAGGAAACCGAUCCUUCCCGGGAGACACAAGGCAAAAAGAUCGAAGUAUCACCAAACGAUGUUGAGAACGCCGUCGUCCAACUCAACUUGCUGGAAAGGGUCAAGUCUGGUAUGAGAAAGCUCGGAGGCGCUCUCGGAAUUGGCUCUGGAUCCAAAUCGUCAAAAUCUUCCCGCGAGCGCCCAAAGGGGGAAGGCGGAGUGUCAUCGGCCGCAUCGUCAAGCAGCACAAUUAGUCAAGACGCACGAAGGUCAAGUCUCCGACCCGAUGACACGAUUUUCGCCGCUUUGAGGGCGUCUAGGGAGAGCGACCAUCCAUUGUCUCAGAGCGUUACGGUCAGCCCUGAUGUGAGAGAGCGGGCUGAAUUUUUUAUCGGCCCCACCUCAAGGCCUGACUCCCCGGACGAUGGUGUGGAUGACGAUGUGAGAGAGACGACCGAGAAGCAUGAUCAGUUGAGUUUUGCUGAACGCGCGAGCCAGUCUAGCAUGUCUACCGCUGGCUCUGUGAGAACUCUGAGACAGGCUGAUUUUGAUUUUGUGUCGAGACGGCGGGGAGCUUCUCCUACCAUGCCUCAAGGUGUUCCCAGCACUCCUCUGACUCUGGACACUCCGGGGGCGUCGAACCUUAGUGGUAUUUUUGGAGGGGCCGGUCGCCGUAUCUUGAGGUCGGUGAGGAGCAAGGAGAGGAGCUCCACAGAACGAAAGACACCAGCCCACAGCCGAGCGACUUCGAUCGAUCGUCUAGUGGCAGGUGAGGAAGUUGACCCGCAUGGAGAGCCCAGCAUCGCUUUGAGCGAUGCGGUCGCUUCAGGUCAUGUCGAUCCACCCGCAAUUCCCACGGAAAGUUCAGCGGCCAGCAGCGUCGUUACGAGCCCGGCAUCACCGGUUUCGCACUCGACUGAUGCAAGGCCUCUAAGCCGCGAUGGCACACCUUCGCGGCAGUCGUCCAUCUCGUCAACAUCUUCCCAUCGUCCUCGUAAGCGCAUGGUCGAGGAAGACAGACUGUACUCGCUUCCUGCCAUGCAAGAAUAUUUGGAUGAGCGUUUCAACCGGGCUAGAGAUGAGAAUCGACGACGACGCAUCGCCGAGGAGCAAGCUGCUUCAAGGCCUACUUCUUCGCAUGGGCCUAGGCCGCCCAGCAAUCAUGGACCGGUUCUGUGCCCGCCGAGUCCUGAUGAUGAGUUUUAUUAUCAAAAGAAAAAAGAGGAGGAAUCUUAUUCGCGUCGCCCGAGCAUGACACCCAGAGGAUAUCCGGUACCUCUGACUUCGAGCUCUUCGGAUGAUCAAUUCUUCUCUGGAGUCUCGCAGUCCACUUCAAACCCGUCGCUUCCUUCCGUUAUAUCUGCAAAUUCAUCAAUCAUUCAAGAUGAGGUGGUUCCUGAGGAGCAAGAGAAAGAGCUUCAAGGGACCACGAAACUAGAGGGGCCGGUCGUUAGCGUGACUGAAGAGCACGAUCAUGAUGGCUAUGAUGGUGAUCACGCCUUGGAAAGCGAUGAGGAUGAUGAUUCGUCAGACGACGAUUUUAUCGAGUUGAGCACGAAGAAGCGCAAGCCUCCUGUUCAUCGGCAUUCUCGGAGCGAGAGUGUUUCGAAUGCAGAAAUCUCGCGUCACCAAGUCCACUCCAGCAUUAGCACCAGCAUUAGCACCGUCGUCAGGAAAUCGUCGCGCAGCGGCAGCAACGGCACCGUCAAGAAGGUCCGCAGCAACAGCGGAUCCGAUAUGGAAAUAAUACAUCACGAAAGCGCGUGACGCGCGUAGCCGUUAUUCGUGGCCGUUGUUCAGAUAACCGUUGCUUUCCUUGCUCUUUUCGGCAAAAGUACGAAAGCCUUUAUGACACUUUGUAUGAACAGCACGCUUUGAUUAUGUUUUAUCUUUCCGGAACUACUGCAGGCGGCCCCGGCACUGCACACGUUUGUUCACGAUAUCUCAUUCUCCUAUAUCAGCGAAGGCGCAAGGGGCGCACGGGACAAUGGGAGGGCAUGGGUGGCAUUUGUGUAGGGAGGCGGAGCUGGCGUCGAAGCAAAUACACAAUCUCGCGUUUUUUUUUUUUUUUUUUUUUUUUCUUCGUCGUUUCUUUAUUUCUUCGGUUUUGUUU